GAUCGAAUGUCCCGGACCCGUCGAGCGUAUCGUCCUUGCGAGCUGACAGCGGCACGGUGCGAUCAUGCGGCCUGACGGAACGUACGCGCGCAUUGACAAUUACGCGCGAACGAGCGCAGAGUGGCCGAGCACGGGCUAGUAAACAAAUGUCAGAACGGAGGACGAGAGGGAGAGAGAGAGAGGCAGGGAGGGAAACGAAACACUACCGUGCCCGUUCCAGCGCGAAACAGUGGCGUAACAUUGGUGCCUUUCGAUCGGGCCGCUUGAUAUUUCUUCGCGUCGUUAAGGGAAACGUCACGCGUGCAUUUUUUUUCGGCUGCUCGACGCGCGUGGAACGUGUGCCCGUGCAUUGUCGUCGUGACGUCAGGUGUCACGAGCCCUGUGUUCCGCCGAGUGCCGUGCAUCAGCUGCGUGCCAGCUGCAUACCCGAUCUGUCAACUUUCCGUUUUCGUUUCUUUUUGACACCGGACGUCGAAUUUGUCGGUGUUCCGCGAAGCGUUUAACGCGCGCGCACACGUACCCCGGUCAACGAGUUCUCGUGCGUGUUAUCGGUGUUCCCGUGUGAAAAAUGUUUGUAACGUGUCAACGCGUGUGAUAUGUUGCGCUCCGCGUACGGGUGAAAUCGUGAGUGGAGAUACACUGAUCUCGGUCCCUUUAAAUCCGACGAAGGAACGCGCGUGCGACGCACACAACGUUAGUGGCCCUUUGGGCCCUGUUGACGUGGUAUUUAAAUCAUUCAGCGGGCCUCGGUCCCUUUGGGACAGUGUUUCUCAAACCGGGGACCCCUUGGGCUUUCGAUCAGUUUUUACAUUUCGCGAUGGCUUUGAAUGCUCGAAAUAUAAAUUGUACUCUUUAAGACAGUGUUAACGUUUCAUUUCAACGUGUAAGUUUGCAAUUGAGUUCAGUUUGAAUUAAGGGUGUACGUGAAUAUGAUGUUUGAAAAACACUGUUAACGUUGUUUGGCGCCUUUCGAAAAAGCCCUUCGCGCGUUUAUUGGUCCUACUCGACGCCGCGCUCUUUUUCUAUCUCGAAACCGGUACUGUGCAAUCGCGGUUGUAUCGCCAUCAGCCACGAGAACGAGAUCUCGAAGUUCGACCGAGAUUCAUGGUGAGACGCGGUCGAUCUGCUUUUCCCUCGCGCUUCGUUUUACUUUUUCACCUGGUUUCGUCGCGCUUUGAGGUUAGAAAAUUAUGUAACACCAAACGACUGCUGAACCUGCUUGGCUCGGAAUGUGGGAUUUGUUCGCAGCUUCCGGCGAGACGUACUUAACUCGGGAUUGCCUCCGACGUGAAUUGGAUGCAGCGACGUCAUCAGGAGUUCCCUACACGAAUGUCAAGAGCCAGCAGAGAUUCCGGUCGGCUAUGGCUCGCUUAGCGAAACCUCAGAUCCCGCCGUCCGAGCCACCCCUCAUCUCUCCAUGGCAGCUGCGAGUGACAACGGGCUAGUGGACACAGGUCCAGGUCGAAUUAGCAGCAUGACAGCCAUCAACUCGGGUCCGGUCGGGGAAGUGGGCGGCGUCAGGCUGCCGCUGCAGUCAUUACAUGGGUACGGAUCUGUGUUCAUGUACUCGGCGUCGACGAGUCCCGGGGGUGGUGGUGGUCAGGGUGGCGGAGGCGGAGGUGAAGUCACCCUCCGCCUCCGCGAACCCGAGGACAUUCCCGAAGAAGUUCUUGCACGCCUGGAGGACACCGCCACCCUCUCCAUCUCCCUUCAAGGCGAUGCAGUUCUGAGGCUAGGGGCGGCUGGCACAGGCAAUGGAAAUUUAGAGCUGUUCGAUAGUGAGAGCGGACCGGACCUCACACUAUCACCUCAGACCUUCACGUCAACGGCAGAGGCCUUCAUCAAUGACAAUAGCGAUAGUCUCGGUGUUCCAGGAGACAACGAUACGGGUAGUAGCGAGGAGUCGAGACCUGGUGCCGGUGAUCCUGGAAAGUUGGGCGUGAAGAAACCGAGACCGAAGGCCUCGUCGCCCAACAGACAGGGACCACAGCAAUGCCAGGUCUGCGGGAAGGUGUUCAACAACGCAUCGGCGCUCACGAAGCACAAGCUGACGCACAGCGACGAGAGGAAAUACGUGUGCACGAUGUGCGGCAAGGCGUUCAAGCGGCAGGACCACUUGAACGGACACAUGCUGACGCAUCGGAACAAGAAGCCGUACGAGUGCAAAGCGGAAGGAUGCGGCAAGUCGUACUGCGACGCGAGAAGUUUGAGGAGGCACACGGAGAACCACCACGCUGGUAGCAAGGUGAACGAAAGCGUCAGUCCUAGCAGUCCCACGACCGGUCCCCAUACUCCGAACACGCCAGGAAGCAAUCCCAGCACACCUAGCACACCUGGUGCGACAUCGACGCCAAAUGGCCACGGACAUCCAGCCUUGAAGCAACUGCUCGCCACUGAGCCCACGCAGGCGCAGCAGCAAAAGAGUGCCACGUCCCCCGGUGCCAGCAACGAUGGCCUCACGAAGCAACAGCUGGAGCUUAUCCAGCAGAUCAUGCAGCAAACCCAACAGCAGCAACAGCAACAACAGCAACAAACGUCCGCGCAACAGCAACAACAACGCACCGGCUCGUCAACGACAGUCACAGCUCAGAUCCAAAAAACCCAAAAACCGUCCGUCAAGUCCACAACCUCGUCCAGCAAUGUGUCCAACAAUUCUGGAAGUUCGAAUGCGACCAGCAACGCAAGAUCCAGCCCGAAACCCAAAGUCUGGAGUCACGUUCAGCAACAGCAGCAACAGGCCCAACAACAGGUGCAGCAACAACAGCAACAGCAGCCCCAACAGCAACACCAGCAACAGCAACCGCAAGCUAACUCGCCUGGGAGCGGAAACGUAGGGAAAAGCAGUCCAUCGCCAGGGAAUUCCGCUUCCCCUGGCACAGUCACAGCAAACAACAAGUCGCAGACCGAGCCGAAACCGGUUGAGUGCAAUUUGUGCCAUAGGAAAUUCAAAAAUAUACCAGCUCUCAAUGGCCACAUGCGACUCCAUGGUGGUUACUUCAAGAAGGAUGCCGAGAAUAAGAAAAGCGAGAAGAAAGAGGUGGUUGGACCGCCUUUGCAAACCGCGUCUGUCAGCGUCAGAGCACUUAUCGAAGAAAAAAUUAUCCAAAAGAGAACAACUGCAGCAGACACGAGCACGAACCAACAGCAACGCACAAACGCCACAGUGUUCACCACGCAGGCUGACAGCGUUUCCCAGCUCGCUGGGAAGACGAACUUCGCUGUGCCAGCACCCCCGCCAUUGGCAUCCGUGGAGAAGGUCCGCAGACUUUCGGAUGGCGAACACUUUCGACAGCCUAACGUCACCGUUGGCGGUCAUGCGACCGUGCAGAAACAACUGCAGGAGGCGCAGACCCAGGCACAGGCGCAGGCACUGGCCGACAUGAUCUUGAAGGGCACCACCAAGAUGGCUGUGAAGAGAACGACAUCCGAUCCCGGGCAGAGAUUGCACCUGACGUACCAGCCGUCAGUUCAAUCGACGACCAAUCAGCAACAACAGCAGCAAAAUAACCAGCCUCAAUCCCAGCCCGCAGUCACAGACAGUUUCUCGAUGACAGGUUACUCCGAAGACGGCGGUUACUUUAGCCCAAACCUUCAGGACGAGGUGUUCCAGCAGGUCACCGCAGUUCCUGACAGCGUUUUGCUUCACGCUACUCAAUUGGACUCACUUCAGUUUCAGACAGCGAGCCUGCUCCAGGAGCAGUCUACCGAGCAGCUGCAGGACAUCACCCUGGAGGAUCGAUACUCAUCACAACACACCGUCAACCCUGACCUCCAGGCGCUAGUGAACUCGCCUCUACCAGACUCGCUCGCUGAAUUCAGCACCUACGGUGCCCAGUACACUGAAAGUCCUCACACCCUGCCCACCCAGUCGCCAUUACCAUCGCCCCUGACCAGACACGACAGUCCCAGUUUUACAUAUCCGACCCCGCCAGCCAGCCAGGAGGGCCUCCUAACCGGAAGCCUGCCCCUGCUGAGCCCCCAGGAGGACCCGGAAAGCGUCAGGCAAGUCUCCUCGCCUCUUUCGGCCGCUUUCUACACGUCCACCAUGUCCUCCGCGGCAGCCGUCGAGGAAGCCCUCAGCGAGGUGUUGCCAGGCGAAUCCGACGCGGACGCCGACCUCUACGGUUCAGGUUCGCCCAAUCCCCACUCGCCACUGCCCAGCCCGUUGUCUGCGACCCCGGCGCCGUCACCGUUGUCCUCCCUGCCGCCGUCCUCCGUCUCGUCGCCAGGACCCGUGUCCUUCACAGGAGCCAGCUUCCCCGUGUCGCCGCACCACGCGCUCCAGAGCCAGAUGAUGCCCAACUCGGAGGACCCGUUGCUCUCCUCGACCCCGAAGGACUUCACCACGGCCAGCCGCAGACGAUUCGAGUUCCAGUCCUACAAGGUGAUCACCAGCCAGAACCUGGUGGACUUCGGCCUGGGGAACGGGAGUCUGGCGGGCAUCGUCGUCGACAACAAUGGCGAGUUCAAGCUGAUACAAACCGCGGGACUGCAGAAGACGAACGUCCUCGUGCAGACCGGUUCGUUGAGCCCAGCCCUGACCUUCAAAAAAGAGAUGCGUCUGGCGACACCCAAGGUCGAGCCAGUGACCGUAAACCUGGGAUUGAACGUGCAGACGAACCAUCAGUACAACGCUGGCCAGUUCAACCAGCAGCAGGUGGUCAACCCGACCAAGUUUCUCAUACAAACGGCCAAGAACACCAACAUGAGACAGAAGACGCCCAGCGGUAACCUACCGAUCCCCGUCGAGCAGAUCAAGGAGGAGCUCCUGGAUGAGGACGUGUUCCUAAAUCCGAGCAGUAUACCAACCGGUAGUCCUGUUAGACAUUGUAGAAAGAGGCCACGAAUGGACGGCGGCCACUACGCCAGCACGUCCCAUUCGUAUCCGUCGAGAUUGAGGAAAGCUUGCGAUAGACACUGGGACAGCAGCUACACGCCACCGCCCAUCUUGGAUCCGUCGCGUCCUGGGCCUGGAUUGUACGCCAGGCUCCAUCAGUACGAAAGGGACUCCGACUUCAGCUCGGACGAUUCCCAAGGAAACGAUGGGCCGCCCCCUAGAAUCAACAUAGGAACGAGAUACCAGGCGACGAUACCCCCAGUCGGAAGCGACGGGGGCAGAGGGAAGGGGGAACCGGAGGCUGACCAUCUACUCUGGGAUCCUGGUAUAAAUAACGUGCUGACCGAUAACGAACUGGAGAUGUAUCUGCAAUUCGCGUGCUGCGCCGCGGUCCCAGGAGGGGGGAGGAACAAAGAGUACGCGCUGCAUCUGCUGCACAUGUGCAGAGGCAACAUUCAUGACGCGAUGCUGAAGCUGAUGAGACCAACGCCCAUAUUGCCAGUGGAGCACCCAUUGCUCAGCUACGAGUGCCAGGAGUCCGACAGGUGGACGUCGCAGGAGAUGGACGCGUUCUACCAAGGCCUGCUGAAGUACAACAAGGACUUCUCCGCGAUCUCACGUGACGUGAGUGGCAAGUCCGCGAAACAGUGCGUGCAAUUCUAUUACUUAUGGAAGAGGCUCUGCCCGGACGAGUACAAGAGACUGCGUGUCCGUCAUGGGAAACCAAAGAUUAAGACAGAGAGCAGAGAUUGCAAGGACACGAGGGAGCUUCGCGACGCCAUUGCAUCCGUGACAAAGAUGGACUUUGGCGAAGACAAGUCGAUCCUCCAUCGCACUCUGUUACAGACGAACGAGAGAGAAAACUCAGCAACUCUGACCACCAGCGACGGGGAGCUGAGAUUAUUCGCAUACGACUGCCCAGAUAGCUUUAGCGGAAGUGUAACAGUAACGAUGGCCGGGAGCACCCAAACCGCCCAAACCGGCAAUACCGGCCACGCCACAGUCAACACCAACUCACAAACUCACACUAGUUCUGAGCAACAACUACCCGUGCCCACCCCACUUCACUACCCCUGCAAGAUUUGCGGGAAAGUUUUCAACAAAGUGAAAAGCAGAAGCGCGCACAUGAAAUCUCACAGGCCAGUGCCCUCGCCCGAUUCAACGGGUCAGGAAUCUAAACGACCUGUCCAGCAGCAGCAAUCCAAAGCGCAGCAGUCCCAGCAGCAGUCCAGUCAGCAACGUCAGCAACCACAAUCACAACAGCAACAACCACAACAACAACAGCAGCAACAGCUGCACACGCAACAGCAGCAACAGUCAAGCAACGUUUCGCCGCAGGGCUCGGAAUUCACCAAUCAACAGCCACUGCCUCCAAGCAACGGCGAUACCGGAGCUCAGAACACGGUGCAUUUAUGGCACAACCCAACGCGGCUCAGGCCACCAUAGGACAACGCCCAACCGAUUAAACUUAAGUUACCUUAACGAAGGCUGUAACGGUACGAUAGGAAAGUAUUACGGUCGCGUGAACUAUAUAGGCAGGCACUUAUACAACCGCGAUCGUCGAUGGGUCGUCGACGACGAUACCCCGCGUGGAAAGCUCGUCUCAGCCUCGGCUCGACCCCUUGGAGACGCAGGCGCCGAGCGUUAGACAAAGUAACACGAAGACUUCCACGAUAGAUAGUUCCAAAACGAGAUAUACCUCUUGUACGCGCUGAUGGACACGAACCACGCGACAUCCUCGCGAGUUCUCUGGUCAGGCCAGCCACAACUAAGUUAUAACCCUACGCGAUUAUAAGCGCCGGACUGUGCGCGAAUCAGAGAGAAGUGACCUAACCGUAGACCGUGGGCGACGAGUAAGUUCGUCUGGCACAGGCAUGCCCAACUGGCCUGUGACCGUCACAGUGUGACGGGCUAGUUCCGGGUCAAAAAGGGCCAACGACGCGUACACGUGACGUCACAGGGAGGUAUGACGGAUGGUGGAAGCACUGGGAACGCAGCAUUGGACGCUCAAUCCUGCUGGUAGCUGUGAGAUUCCGUCGUGUGUGAUUUGGAUACUCAUGUUGCUUCACAGAUGUGACGUACUCUACCAUGAACCUAUGUUCAUGGGGAUGUACUAUAGUGGAUUGCGGGAAGCCAUCUGCACGGAUAUUUAUAUAAUGGAGGAGGUAUGGUGGUACAUGAUCGUGGAAAGCUUUUGUGACGAUACUAGAAACCGCCAUGUUUGAGAAUGAUGGUGUGAAUGAUUAUGUUUAAUGUGGUUCGUGAAGUGAUAAAAUAUUUUUUAUUGGAGAACUGUUGACGAGUCACAUAGGCUUUGAUGAAGAAAGCACUAGAGCAUAGUAUAAAAAUGAAAUCUACAGUAUGUCUACAAUAGUCGCAUACUAUUUUUAAAAUUUAAUCAUUCUUGUUCAUAAUUUUAAAAAGAAUAUUAAGUGUCGAGAUUUUAAGUUACCAUGUCUAAAGAACAACAAUUUAAUACACGAAUUUUACAAAUAAUUCUCCUCCAGAAACUGUGCAUUAAAAAAUCCUGCAAAAGUACACGUCAAAACAUCUCGAUCAAGAAGCAAAUGCCAGCUCCAAAGAGCUCCCCAAACCCUGUGAACAAUAGUAGUAUCGAUCGCCAACUCAUAGUGGUCCCUCUCAAAUGUGGCGGCUUCCUGUGUCUCCUCAGCGACCGCAGGCCUACGCCACGUCCACUAUAUAGAGAUCAGUGGCAAUAUGCGUCGAGUUGGGCAUGUCUGAUCUAGAAUGAUGACGAGACCUGUUGAAAGAAGGCCCUUCGUGCGCACAUGGGCGGUGAUAGUUGAAGCUCCGUUCAACGAGGAGACAGGGUACCCGGAAGUCCCUUUUCGCGUCAUCGGGACGGGACGUGGACAGUCCACCGGCAGCUUCCGGUGAUUGUCGGUGAACAAUUAACGAACGUGCAAGCUUUCCGUCUGUUUUUUCAUUUAACGGUAAACGUGGGAGCGCGGGGAGGGAGGGAGAGAACCCACCUUUCAUCGACAAACAAAAUGGCCUAGAACGAGCGCGGCUCGACGAACGGAACAGAAAGGAAAAGUAACCUAAGCACACACGGGCACGUUGAGUUGACGCGCGACAACGGGGGGGGGGCGGGGCUAACUAAACGAAUAGAAUGGAAAUUUUACCCUACGACGAGUGCUGUAAUGUUAAACGAUAAUCGCGGUUUUCGAUGUACCUAAUUGCUAUUCGCACGCGAGAUGUUCCCAGAUUGUGCCACAAGACAUUACUGUUACCUGUUGCCUCUUUAUCAUUCUUUCAAAUGUUUUAGAUUGUUCUUUCUUUGUUCAAUUUUUUGUCUCUAUUUGUUUUUUUGUUUAUUUUCAACAGGACGGGCUUGCGAAUCGUACGCUACAUGUUUUAGUGAUCCUUCGAGAUAGAAUGAUUAGAUGCGAAUUCGAUUGGACGUUGGUUUUUUUUUGUUUUUCAAACGCUGCGGAAACGGAUAUGCGUUCGAGUGGUUCGCAAGCAAAUCCUGCUAUUACGAAGUACUACUUGUUGCACGUUCGCUCUAGUUCUAUUUAGUUUAAAUAUCAUUAGCGUAUUUAAAUCUCGAUAAGUAGAUUUGUUGAAACUCCCUGAUUUUGUUACCUCUGUUACUUAAUAUAUUAACUAUAUUCGUCUGAAUAAAUUUUAAUAUAUAUAUAUAUAUAUAAAUGUGUGUAUAGGUAUAUACACAUUAUAAAUAUGUAUAAACAGAUCGAUGUAAUUGAAAAAAUGAUUAGUAGCUUAGGAUGAUAUAGUUCUCUAGAAGGAGACAAGUUGUUCAAGUUUCGCUUCGGUGACGAUUCGAGAGCGUCGUCGAUGGCCGAAUGUAACAUAAAUGAUUAUACAUACAGCCAUGAGUACAUUAUACAUACGUGCACCGAACACAGACACAGAGUAGAAACGUUUAUUAAAAAGAAAAAAAAGUAAUUAUUAUUAUUAUUAUUAUUCGUCUAACGGAUCAUUAGAUCACGACUCUAUAUGUACAUAAUGGGUGUACAUGUCUGUACAUAUUUAACAUCAGUGUCUGUAUGUACAAUUCAAAUGAAUUUUAACGCAAAAUACGUAGGUUAGGUUUUAGGUUGUUUUAGGAGGGAUCUAUAUAGAAAUAAAAUAUAUAUACUUGGCUUGAUUUUCUACCUUACUAGGGACUACACGGCGAAACUCUUGGAUGAACAACGAUGAAACGUGUAAAAUUCGAUACUGUUUUUUAUUUCAUCCUAAUCGAGGCAACGAUGUUCCUGUAUGUAAGGUGCCUUGAAUUGUUAUUUACGUUUGAUAUGUUUGAAAUUAUUGGGCAAUGUUGACGUUUCUGUUUAGAUGUGUUAAAGGUGCGUUGUUUUUGUUUACUAUUUCAUUCUGUGAAAAGAAGGUAAGAAUCUAUUAUUUUGAAAAAUUGGGGACGCGUUUGACUAUGAGUAAUUAUUGUUUGAUUAUGUUUGGGCGUGGACAUUCAAUUUAACGAACAACAAAUUUUACUACGUUUCUGUUAUUAUUUAGCUGUAUUUUAUUUGCGUAUAUAUAGGAACAUCGUUUCCAAACAAAAUUUUGAGACUCGCUCAAAAAUGAAACAUACGAGGUCAAACGGCGUUUCGUAGUUUGUAUAAAUGCUGCUGUCGAGCCUCCGAAUUUGUCGUUCAAGAGUCUCGCUUAUCGUGGCUGCUCUAAUUCUACCUUAAAGCUAUUGUUAUUGUUAACACUCUUCUUCUUAUUAACUUUUACCUAAUUAAAGAAUAAAUCACGAAUAUACAUUUUAACUUUUUAAACUUUUCACGUGUAAAAAAAACGCAAGUGACUGAGGAUGCUUUAAAGAAUCUGCCAAGUUUAAAAAAAAAAAAAAAACACGUAAUGGAUGGCUUUAAAUCUUCCACUUGUUUUAGUCAGCGAGAUAAAGACUACGUUCGCGAGCGAAUGUCGAAAGUUUUGCAACAGACAAUUAUUAAUGCGAAAAGAGAAAACAAACGACAGGGAGAAAAACGAAAACUGUCGACGUUCGACGUUCGAGGAGAUCCGAGAAUCGUCUGUCUUUAUGUGUGUCUUGUGUUUCGACGUUUCACCACUUCCCGCCCCUCACUUUCCCCAUCCAAAAGCCCCGAUUUACAAAAAUGUAAUGCGAUCUAAACAACAAACGUUCCGGCCACACGACAUUUAUCGCGGUAUUCGUUCAUUUACAGCAGGACUGGCUACCAUAAUUGUUUCAAGGCACUAGGAAUACCCAAACUAGUGGUGUCACAGAAAUAUGGCGGGACUAGUUCGCUUACUCGACGUGCGCUGAAACUAUCCUGGAAUACCCAAAGCAGUGGCGCCACAAGGAGGUGGCGCUACGUAAUUGUGUGUGGCGCCACGGCAUCGCGGCGCCACUAGUUCGCUUACUCGCCGUGCGCUGAAACAAUCCUGAUGGCCAGCCCUGACCUACAGGCAAGACUAAACGAUUGUAAUGGCGAGUAUGACCAAGGGCUCCGUUUUAUCUUACUCAAAGCAAUGAAAAGAAAUACGCACAGGAACGAAAGGGAGGAUUUAUUUCGCAUAUACACCACGAAACAAAUCACGUUGCGUUUGCGUAUGAAACAGCGAUUAAUCGUUUUGUUCUGGAGUGUUCGAGGCGUUUCGAAUGUGUUGAUAUUUUUCCAAUUAACAUUAUAGAUACAUACGGCCCAUGGAAAUACUUCUUCGCGACCAUAGAAGAACACGCGAUCAUGCGAAAUCUGAGUAACGGCCUCCAGAGCGCGUCGAGGGGAUAGCGAUUCCCUGGAAAAUCUAUAUUAACUAUUAAAUAAGAUCCUAGGCGAGUCGAGUCUUAAAAAUAAGUUCAUUUAAGGUGCGAUAAAGAAAAAACUGUUAUAUGAAUCCCGGACAACGGCGUUCGGCGCGCAAGUCGUGAAUGCAACAAAAUUAGCAGACAUAUCAUUUAAGACAAUACACUUGUUACGGAAACUAAGUUUCUACUAAUGUAAUUAUUAUUGUAUGUAAUCUAACUCUUAACCAGACUUAGAGAUUCGAGGCAAACGGCGUAGUUAGUUGGUAACGUGGAAAAUAAGGAAGAAAGUAGCGGGGUUGUCGAAUCCAGAGGAUAGGAAAUUAAAAUCGAGCGAGUAUUCAGCGUUUGAAAUAAUACUCUUUGUUGACUAUACUUUUCAUCGAUUGUGCGAGAAGUUUAGACGUAGCGCGUUUGUUUAAAACGAACACCGACUGUAUUUAUUUCAUUUAAAUUUCACCGACGACGCAACGAAGGGACUUGCGUACUUAGAACAUAGAUGCGUACUUAAAGCGUUCACUUUCGUUUCCUCGCUGAAUAAAAGGUUGUGCAACGUGAAAUACUCGCGGCACUCUGGAUUUAGGGGCAAUCGGGGACGCGCGGGGGCGGUACUGGGGGCUGAUUACUCAGAACUUAGGGAAGGCACGACAAACGAAGCAAUGAAACAGUAACGAAGAUAUGCAUGAAUUGUACAAACGAGUCCCUCCACGUCACAGAAAAGAGUAUAUCUGUAUGGAGAAUAUAUAUAUAACAAAAAAAAAAAUGAUAAAUAUGUGAUGUAUUUAAAUGGUAUGUGGUAUAUGGUAUUACAUAUUUGUACAUAGGCGGACCCGUGCCAUCAACUAGUGAGUUGUACCGAUAUUGUACUGCCAUUUGACCGAAUCGUUCAAAGCAACAUCGUGUGAAUAGAGACUAGCUAACAAUCAAACUGAUAAAGCGUUUACCUACUACAAGUUUCGGUUCACGUUGAUUAGCCAGGAAAAUUUAAACGUUAAGUUGAUCAGAAUGGUCGUUCUGCGUGCUUAAUUUCCAGCGGAUACCGUUUCGUUUAAUAUCGAAACGUAAUUUAUUCACAUGAAAUUAUUUAUCGAUGUUUGACUCUCCUCAAAAUACACUAUACUUUCUUUUGAAAUUGAUUCUCGAUUGUUUAUACUUAAUUCAGAGUUACCAUUUUCGUUCGAGUAAGUUUGUCUGAUUUCGUACACGCCAUAACUCGUACGUUGGUAAAUGUCCUGCUAAUGGAAGCAAUGGUUACAAACAAAAAAAAUAAAUAAAACAAAGAAAACAGCAAAACGAAAAAGAAAAAAGAGAAAAAUUACACUACGUGGGAUAUAUUGGUACAACUCGAUGAAGAAAGUGUAGCGUGGUUAUACACCUGAGGAAUGUGCUCAAAAUACUGUAUUAAAGAGAAAAAAAGUCUACUAAAUGAUCAUCAACGUUUAAUGCGAGGAAUUACUCUUAGAAAAAAAAAAAUGAAGUGAAAAGUUAUUAUGGAUUAUCGAUAUCGUAAUCUAUUGUCCUCUUACCUAUUACCUACUUUAAUGUCUAUCUCUAUACGCCAAGCAUGGUUCUUUAUACUCUUCUAUUUGAUGUUAUACUAUUCUCUAUUAACUUUUACUACGAGAACGAACAAGAAAAAUAAUUGUAUUGUUAAUAGUGUUUUUAAUGUAAACGAAGCAUAUGGUCAGCUGUAGGUGAGCCACGGAUACGUAAUGUCGCGUUUCACAUGAGAACUGACGAGGAAUGAGCCUUUUCCAGUCACUUGGAAACCUUCGGUCUCGUUAGAACAAAAAUCCACUGUAGAAACUAUAGAACCUUCUCUUCUACUCCUUCUAUCCUAGGGAUCCCAUAGGUUCCCCAGUAUUUUAUUGUUCGUCGAAAGUACCCGUUCGAGAAUUAUUUUGUCCUCCUAAAGCAAAAUGGAGUAUUCAUGUGACACGGACAUUUUCUAUCGCGCGGUUUCGUCGCAAUAAUUAGAGUGAAAGAGAUAAACGUGUGUGCUCGGUAGCAAUAUCGGUGGGGACGCCGCACGCGUCCUCCGCUGUCGUUGUUUUUUCCACUUCUCUGCUCAACUAUUAUAGUUCUUAACCUGUAAGCGUAGCCUGUACGUUAGUGAUCCUCGUCAUUAGUCGUUUAAACCUCCCGUACCGAUUCUUAUUGUCUUGCUCAAAUAGCGGAGAGGAGCGCCCGGUUCCGACAAGCAAAUCAAACCCCCUCUUAUCCCACCCAGUGAACCUACCCCCCACAUGCGUGCGCAAUGAUAUCGCUCAAAAGUUGGUGCCAUAAGCAAUAUGGACAAUAUAUUAUUAAUUGUGUUUAGACACGUGCGCGCCAACUACAGCUGGCCGAGCGAGGUCCCGUUUUGGGGAACCUGGAAAUCACGCGGCGCUUUGUUGCCUAACACGAGCUGAGAUCUCCUAAUUCAGUGGAAACUCGCGUUAAUUUCCGUGUACUGUAUACAGAAAGAAAGAUCAGGAUCGGGGAGGACUGUGGCUGGAGUUGAGUCUUUCUUUCUGAUAGGAGAUAUCUUCGAAAGACACAGCAACGUCAACGACGUGACUUUCAAGGCCUCCUCGAGGUUGAAACGUCUGACUCGAUGGGUCCCCUCAGGAUUGAUCUUUCUUGCUGCCCAGGCUACCUGCUAAUCAUACUGUCUUCAAUGUCCAAGUGCCCGUCAUAACAAUUCCCAGGGUUCCAUCGACAGAAAACUCUAAUUUUGCUUGAAAGCAGAGUAGGCGGGGUUAUUUAUUUUGGCCUGAGGGUUCGAUCUGGCCUAUAUCUCACCUAGGCGUGGGAAUUACUAUGCUACAGUACUCUUCACCCUGUCUAAUCUCUAUUUCGGACAAUCCUCAGCCUCCGUUAGUCAGCUCGUGUCGCGGCAACCGCUUGUCGCGUGUUUAUAUAUACCUAACACAGUUCAGUCAAUUUGAAGCGCGAUGGGGUACCGAGUCGCCAAACGAAAGAGCCUAAUCGAAAGCCUACUACGUCGAUAACCCCCUUAAUCGAAGAGAGGAGGGGGGAGGGGAGACGAGACCUAACGAAAGACCCCAGAGGAGGCCUAGAAACCCCGAACGAGCGACUCCACCGCAUUGGUCCGCCAACGAAGACAAAUGUCACCGAUCCUCGUGGAUCAUCCGAUGCUGCUCGAGGGAACGCUGGAUCUAUUUAAUCGCGUGGCCUCGUGGAUGUCUCGAUCGUCGUGUAGUCGUUUACUUUGGAGUUGACGAGCGUUCCUUCGUGGAGUUUGACAGCUGAUGGCAGGUCCUAAGGUCCUAGGGGUCACAGACGUUGAGGAUCUUUCGUUGAGCAAUUUAGGCGACGUUGAUCUUGAACUGUCUCGAUCUUUGACGAUUGCCACGUAUGGUUGUGAUACGUUGUGCGACCUGUUGCGGGCGAGAAACUGUCGGUGCGACUAUUGCGUCUGUGGCCCCAUGAGAGGGACUUGUUAGGGUGAUCUAGAGAUCGGUUAGAGAGAAUCGAUGAGCUCAAGGUCCGGCGAAAGCAACGAAACGGUCACUAUGCGAAGAAACGACGAAAAAAGGUCGAAGAGGAAACUGGAAUAACGGGAACCGAAUGAUAAUCGGCUUAGCCGGGGCGACGAGCGUCUGCGCAUCAGUAUUACGUUCGAAAUGGCGAUACUAAUAUACAUUGGACUAGUGAUUAUACAUUAUAUUGCGUACACACCAUUUCAUUUAAUAUAUACAUAUAUACAUAUUGGUGCAAAAGGGCUACAUUAUUAUUACAUAGAUAGGUGGGAAUAUAUGUAUAUAUGUAUAUAGAUACACGUAUAUGUGUUUUAAGUAUAGGGGAGGGUGAUUAGGUGCAUGGAGUUUGGGAGCGACGACGCGGUUUGAAUCUCGGCGUUGUUCGUUUGGAUGGAAAGCUCGCGAAGAUUGGGGGGAGAUUUUUAGAAAUAUGGCGUCAUUGUCGUACGAUUUCACAUAGCGACAGACGAUCGCGGCAAGGAGGAAGGGAAUCGAUAAUCGAUCGAGAGGAGGGCGUCGAUUCUUCUUUGUGAAAUAGUCUUCAUGGUGUCGAUCGACUGUUCGUGAAUCAUCGUCAAGGUGCCCAGCGAUCUUUCCGAUUGUCGAGAUAUCGGUACACAACGGUAUCAUCGAUUAUCGAUUAUCGAGCUUUUGUAAUUUAUUUAUUUAUAUAUUUAAGCUUCCGUCGAUUCGAUCAAAUGAGUGUUAAGAUGCUAAUCAACCUCUCGAUCAAUUCAUAAUAAAACAAACAUCAGAGUAUCGAUAAAUCGUUCGACCAUCGACUAUCGAUGCUUCGAUUCAUUCAUUUUUUUAACGAUAAUCAAAAUUAUUAAUCAAUUUUCUGACACGGUGUAAUUGAAAUCACGAUUCGUUCCUUGUAAAAGAAACUCCAAAGUGUUAGUCGAUCUUUCGACCUUCGAUAAUCGAGUUGACGAUUCCAUUCUCUGUAGAUCGAUCCUCCGAGUGAAGACUGAUCGUUUUAUCGUCUAUCGAUUAAUUUCUGGCGGGAAAAAAUCGCCGAGGAAAAAAGAUUGGCAAUCGCUUCAGCGAUAUUUCAACGGUUCGAUCGACCAACUUUUCCGUUUUCCUGGAUCGUCAGGAUCUGUCCAAAUCGAUCGUGUUACGAAACAGAACUACCGAAAAAACCCUGGCUCACGAGUGCACGAAAGAGAGUAUUAAUCGAAAACUAUGAAAUUGUCGCGGGAAAUAAAGAGGAGCGUGAAAUAGAGAGAGAGAUGUUUUAAUACUCAGAUGUAAUGUAUAAUCUAAUUGUCGUUUAUAAAUGGAUAUAUAAAUAUAUAUAUGAUGGACACUGAAUAUAUGAAAUAAAUAUAUUAUAUAUAUACAGUCUACACGGUGAUGGAAUAUACACGAAUAUAUAAUUAAAUGCAUAUAUAUACGUGUAUAUAUCAUUGUUGUGUUGCAUACAUAGUAUAUGUAUAAAUGUGCGGCGAUAUAUAUUAUAUAAAUAUAAAUAUAUAUACAUAUGACUAUUUUCUUCUAUUGAUAUUGUGAGUGAUUGCUGCGUGUUAUUUCCAUCAUACGCUGCAAGACGUCCUGCAAUCAGCGACGAGACGCGAAACUAAUUCAGUUUAUUACUGUUUUCUUUUAUUUAUUUAACGUCUUCGUUGCACAAUUAUGCAAGCAUUGAUAUAAGAUGUAGAUGUUUUUUAUAUGCUGAUAUAUGUGAAGAAGAGUAGAAAUUCAGCUAAAGUUUAAUUUUUAAACUGAACUUAUUAAUACUACCAUGAUGAUAAUUCCACUUAUAUUUAAGUGGAAGUCUUACAUGUUUGCUUGGGUUUACAAAUUUUGUGAGUAGACAAACGUUAAUGCAAAUACAUACAAACUUUUCUUACCUACACCUGAAGUUUCCAAAUGUUCAAACUAAAAUUUAUUUGCACAAUAUUUAUUUAUUAUUAAGUUUAUAAUUUUCUUUAAUUAUAAUUCAGGGUUAAGCCUGAAUUAGGAAUGUUUUCAAUUUUCCGAGCAUAAAAAUUAUUUUUAUUGUGUGCUUCAAACGAGCUUUUCUCAGACCAAUUAUUUCAGAAAUUCGAUAAUUUUGUUCAAUUAUUAUUUAGGCUUGUCAACCUCCAAUUUUACUAUAAUUUCGUGCAGUCCUCGUCUCGCGAAUGGGGGUCGUCUUGCGCAAGCUAUCCCAACACCGAGCUGUACCAAAAGCAAGCGAGUAACAGGAAAAGAAAAAUAUGUAUGAUGUGUAAGCCAAGUGCCUUGUGUUCUGGUAACUAAUCGUUGACUUUUAACUACGAUAUUAAAGGAAGUGAGAAAGAGAGUGAGAUACACACACAGAGAGAGAAGAGACGAGGAAAGAAACACGAGAUUCAAGCUUCUCGAUAUCAGCUCUUUGGGAAAGUGAAGCGUGUUCUUUGGUGGGAGAUGAAUAUUCUUGUUUCUUCCUUCAUUAUGAUUCCGAACGAUCGUCCACUAUCCACUUGUCAACCAUUGAUAUUAUCUAUUGUUGCAGACCUAACGUCGCCUAUAAAAUCGUCGCCCAUGAUUUUUAUCCGUGUUUUACAAUGAUUAUUGCACACAAACGAAUAAUAGAACAAUAGUAAUUGUUUCUCUUUUUAAUGCAAUGGGUUUCAACGAUAUAUCGAUUUUUAGAAAUCAGGUUCAUGGUAUUCGAAAAGCAUUGAAAAUUUGUUUAAAUGGAAAUCGAAGCGCAGAGUCUACACUGUCUACAGCGACGCUUUUCAUUCGAAGCAAUUCUCUGGUGUAAAUGGAGAAUCCUGAUCGGAGUAUGUGCCAAAGCGUAUUGGCUCAGCCAUUGUGCAACCACCCCUUCUUCCACCCCCUUCUUCCAAUGAAUUUAUCCGUAACCCGAGGAGAUAUAUGUUUCUAUUGUCCGGUUUUAUUCAAGAAAGAAUCCCACUGUCUGGUGAAAAAAGUGACUCCAUUUGCACUCGAGAAUGCUACUGAUUAAUUGGGAGGGAGGAGCUACGUUAUGUCUGCAACGCGAUUAUUCUACGUUUUUGUGUAAUUAAUUGUAUACGUUUGAAAAAACAUAGAAAAACUGAAUGCACAUUCCUUUCUAAAAGGAUUCUAUCAACCGAAUAAUUAGUUACAUAAUCGAACUAAUCUGUAUAAUCUCAAGGAUGAAUUCAACACACUAAAAUAGUAAAAAUAAUUCAUCUAACUAUUGCUCGAAAGUUUCUCUAUAAUUACCAAUCACAAAUAAAUGUUAAUAAUACACGAUUUCCAAAUACCAAACAAGUAGUACUAUUUAUAAACUUUCAUGCACGCACAAGGUUGAUCACUUUAAUGAAUGCCCUUCGAGACGAUCUAUAUUACAGAAAAAUUAAAACUAAAAACUGCAACUAUAGAAGAUCAAGUAAUGUUGACGAUCACAUCAAUUCUUCUUAAUAUUUUAGUGUGAUGAGUUCACUUUACAUUAAUAACUAAAUAUGUGUACUCUAUGUUCCCAAUACAAUGGAUCCUGUCUAAGAGACACUAGGCUCUCCCCAACGCAUCAACAUAGGCUAACGAGUCUCGACGUCUAAGAGGCGUGAUGCUGCACCCUUAGACAUAAUUCACUGUGUUUCUUUGUUUUUGUUCUUUUAAAUAAUGUGCGACUAGUGGUUUAUUCCUACAUUCGAUAUAGAAAGUGUAAUACCUGAAGUGACUCAAAUAGUAUCGCAUUGGCGACAAGGGAUACUCAAAGCCUCGCUAACCUCCUACAGCUUUGAUUGUCCUGAUUGAUUAUAGUUGAAAGAAAAUCGAACGAUCAAAGUCAUAUGACUAUAAAUUAAAAGGAAUAUUUCACGAUUAUACACCUGGAUUUGGUCGACCGCGUUUUUGGCAAUUCUUUUUCUCAAGAGAAACAGAUCAAAUUUAUGUAUUAUAGGAAGAAAGAGAGAUAAUUAUUUUUCUUUUUACUUAGAACAAAAAUCUAUUCAAGGGACUGCCUGAUUUGGAGCUAUAAAAAUUACAUAACUCUUGAGAUUUUUGAAGGAGAAAUCUAUUGAACGUAUAAAUUCGAAAUUUAUACCUUUACAUUAAUUUCACAAAUUACACAGUCGAGUUAUCACGAAAGUGGUCAGAAGCGAGGCGAACGUCCGGUAUCGUAUCACGUGUAAUUUCCACAAAGGCCAAAAAGGAGAUGAUUAAAAUUCGACGACGUAGAACUGUUGUUGAUUAAUAACAGAUUAGCUCUCUAUUGCGAUAUUGUCCACGAAUAUAAUAGAAACAAUUUCUAUAAAUAUCUUUAAAAAAUCAAUUCUUACAAACGUCUUAAUGAAAAUGAUUUCUGUAAAUUAUGAACACUAAAUGCACUUAUUAAAAAUAAAAAAAUAAAAAAUAUAAAAUAAAAAAUAAAAAAGUUAAAAAUAAAAAAAUUAGUGAAACCACAAGUGAUGUGGAGUAUUAAUGAAUCGAAAAUAAUUUCUUGAUUUAAGAAAAAUAAAACAAAAUGAAUUUUUUUUCGAUUAACCAAGGAAAAAUUCUGUUUCCAGGGAAAAUACUAAAAUUUUGCAAUAGAGGGUUGAUCGCUCCUGCCGCAGUGCACUCUGGGCCCCAAACCUGAGCCCCAUAGGCUCGUUUUCAUUUGUAGAGGGAAUCGUUUGGUGUUGCGAUAGGUGGCAAAGGUGUUAGAACAGUGGGAUACGAAUGUGUCUUCGUGUAUGCGUGUAUGCCGACGUGUGUAAUAUAACGGCACGAGUGAAACUGGUGAACGAUUAUGUUAAGCAGCGACGCUCGUUCGCGUGUGCACACGUACGUCGUUUCUUUCCGGCGAUUCUACACUUAAUGUAUAUCUUUUAACUCUACCGAAUGAAAUAUUAGCUGUGUCUAAAAGGAAUUGAUGUACAUAGUAGAUCUUGGUAGUUAGAAAAAGUGUCGUGGCCGAGGAAGCUCUGCAUUCAUGAGGCAUGGAAAAAAAUAAUUCUUGUAUCAGAGAUGGGCUAAACAAUUUCGAAUAACGAAUAAAAGAUUAGCAACUCUUCAUCCAUUACUCGACAAAUAAAAAUAAGAAUAUGUAAUGCAGAAUAAAACAUUUCGCAAUGUAAGAAGAAUAAUUCAAGGAAUUUAUUAAUCAAUAUUAAUGAAGAAAAUAGUAACGAUAAUAUUUAUUAUCAUUAUUUAUUUUUCAAAUUUUAGUCUCAAUUUUUCUCCAAAUUUGUUUUUAAUUUGUUAUUCAUUAUUCGAAUAAAAUUCUACCCAUCCCUGAUUUGAAGGACGAGACAAGUGAGUCUUCAAGCUGCCUCAUGGAUGUACGAAUCGGAUGAGAAAUCCCUUAAGCAGACAAUCCUCUAUUAGAUAGUCCUUAAAUAUGCGCGUGUCCUGUUUAUGUGCAUGAAUGACGUAUGGAAAGUAUUAAUUCGUAAGGAGCCCAAGUAUUGCGCCCCGAUCUAGCCUCUUCUGCGACGUUUUCUCAUCCUUCGGAUAGCGUACGAGCACACCUAAUCGCGAAUGGGAGUGGAUACGAGGCACGAUGCUUUUUAACGAUUAGUCCUUGAGGUAUCGCAAAGAAGUGCGUUUUGCGUUCUCGAAUUUGAAUUUUGCUAAAAAUGCAUAAAGAAAUAAAUCUGAUUUAUCACCUAAAGUCAAUUUGCCCAAUUAAAUCUGUCAAAUUUCACAUAAUUCAAUGGACAUUUAAAUAAUGCUCAUCAAGAAAAAGAACACUAUCUUGCCGGAAAAUUUCUAAAGGCUAACAAAACUGAAAUAAUGAUUAAGGAGCUACGCAUAAAAAUGAGACUAAUCCAUAGAGUGUGUCGAUCUUCGUAUUCGCUUAUCAACGUUGAUGUUAUGGAGAGUUUCCUUCUUCCUCUUAAAUCUUUUACAGAUACCGACUUGAUCGUAACCAGAGAUGGGCAAAAUGUCGAAAUACAAUGUUCGAAUAACGAAUAAGAAAUAAACAACUCCUAUUAAGAACCUGUACAGAACUAUAAUUCAAAUUUGAAUUACAGGAUGAAGUAUUUCGCUAACGAUCAAAUAAAAAUUCACUCACGUUCGAUCGAAUGAGUUACUAUACGUUGAUUUUAUUCGUUAUCAAUUAUUCGGACAAACUGUUGCCCGUCUCUGAUCGUAACUACGAAUAUCGAAGAAACGUGAGAGAGGGACGUAACGAUUCCUGUGAAAUCAAAAAAUGUAGUCACUGGUCACUUCGAGUACAGACGGAUUUCGAUUUACCUGAAAUAAUUAACUAUUUUGUACGACGUACGUUUGUUCGAGACGGUAGCGAUUAUUAUUCCGGGCGACUGAGAAUUAGUUAGAGUAUGAAAUUUAUCUUUAAUAGCGGAAGCAUUGUUUGGGAAUACGAAUCGACUCGGGAGGCUACGAGUUUUUCGAAAGAAUUUAGCGAACCAUGUAUACAAAUCAAACGUCUAAAGCAUCGUGCGCUUAAUAUUUUUAAAUUAAUUAUGCAAGCUUCGAGAUACAAUGCAGUGUUCAGAAAAAAACCUUGUUAAUAAUCGAAACAAAAUUAUAUUAUUAUUUUUCUUUGCCAUCAAUGAUCGUAGUUGACGGUGGACGUCUCUUGCGCAACUAUCUCGCGCACACGCGCCACUUGUGUCGCAGAAAAACUAUCACGUUACAGGAUGCACGUUUAAAUACGAAACUUUUCUUCGGGAUACAAAUAUUAGAAAAUGAAACUAAUUCUGAAGAAUUCCUGCAUAACAAACACAAAAACAUUAAAAACACGAUGCUGUAAACAGACUAAUUAAUCUAUGCGUUUAAUGGAAAAAGCACGUACGACCCUAUUUCUUAAAAUUUACCAAGCGACGUCACUGUUUCCUGUAUCCAGUCGUAUCACGAGUACGACUCCCGCGACAACUGAAGAGUCUCAUCGAACAGUUGUACCGAAGUCCUAGAGAAAAUGCUCCUGGAGAGAAGAAUUCAAAUUUGGCAAUCGAAAGUUUUGGUGAGGUUAUUUCGCUCUUGGUCAGAACUUGGUAUCGCCUAAAUUGCUGACUGAUAGUAUUACUACAGAAAGCAUUACUACAGGCAGAAAGAAGAAUUCUUUCUAGGAGUAUUCUUUGCAGGUUCUAGAAGUACUGUCUCAGGCCUGUUCAACUCGUUGCUCGUCAGAGCACUGGGGGCAAGGGUAGAUUAUGUGAGAAAGCACUAAUUCGAGGGUAACAGUGGCAGUUAGAACUCCUGAACAUCAUCAGUACAGCUUUACAAGGCUUAUAUUGUAGCACCUAAUGGCUAAAAAGUGAGAGAAGUGCCCUGGGCCUUCUUCUUGCCUCUGCUCGCAGCGGUAAAGGGCACUCUUGCCUUCCAGCGCCCUGUUGAGUCCCAUCACGGUACCUAAAGGCCUAAAGGAGGAGGAAAUGCCCUCAAACUUUCUCUUGCCCCGGCACGCGAGCAAUAAAAGGCGCUUUUACCUGCCAUAGUUGAACAGGCCAGCUGUAACCGAACUACGGCAAUCACCGAGCCGAAUUUUUCAUCACAAUAAGUGGAUCCUAUAUUUUGUUUAGGUCACUUAAUCAUCGCAGUGGGGUGAUUCGCCGCGAAAGAACAUCGGUUUCGACGAGCAUGAAAAUUCCUGCGAAAGCUAUUACGAAAUACGGUACACCGCGAAAGUGGUAGGGAAAAUCAAAACGAGCAAUGAGAAUCAACAAAUGCUACAGGGUGCUGGUCCAUCAGAAACAAUCUCCAAACCGUGAUCACUCGCGUUCGAUAACGACGGAUUCGACUGAAACGCUUAACAAUAAAUACCGUGCCAAAUCGUCGUUGCAAUCAAACGUCGGUUCACUUUCUUCAGCGAUCGACACUCCGAAUCAAACAGUGCUAAAAUCAAACAACGCGUUCCCUCCUCCUAUUCGUCGAUAUACCCUCGAUAGACAGGGAUGAGCGAAAUUUGAAAUUUUAAACGACGAAUGAAUUUUUUAAUAUUUAUUCGAUACUCGUAGAAUGUAUAUUAGGAUUUUAAUCGUGGAAUUAAAUAUUCCGUGGCGGAUGGAUAAAAAUUUUAGCGUUUAUUCGAAUAAACGUCACGAAUGAAUCGAUGUAGAUUGGUUUCAUUCGAAUGAAAUUCUGCUCAUCUCUGUCGUCAACCCUCUCGUUCCUCUUCCACGCGCCUUUGCGCUCUUGACGCUUCUGAGCGAGAAAAUGAGGUGCCCAUGGAGCCGCGAUGGCAAACGUGUAGUAUGCAAUAAUGUCAUGUAUAAAGUGUAAAACAUCAAGUGAAUUGUCUUUGUUCUUAGUAAUCGUAAGGAAUUUUUGAAUGAGUUUGUAUUUUAUGUGGAUUUGAGAACAAAGGGUUUCAGUGGAUACUGAAAAACUGACUGAAAAGGCGCAAUCCACUCAAUCUAAUAGACUUAUAAUCAUUUAAACAACGUUAAUUUGUAAAAUUAGCAUUUUAGGAACUAUCAUUGAUACUUGAAAUUUUCAAAGCAAAAUUUAUUAAAAAUUAUUGAAUUCAAAUUACUUUCAACUAUUCUGAAAUAAUUUUAUAAUGAUCCUGUAUCUAAUUUUUCUUACAAGAAAGAAAUCAUUGUGAUAGUUUUAAUACAAGGCUUGCGUUCUUAGAAGUAUGUAAAAUACUAAUUUAUUCUAGGGAUCCUGUGUAAAGAGUCUGGAUUUUAUAUGCGUCGUCUUGGAAUGUGUGAAGAAGCGAACCCCGCUCGAUCCCUCGAUUCUCCCUCUCUGACAUCCUCGCUGGAUCCCGCGGAAGCCAUAAUUUGGUCGCGUUUCAAAUUAGAACACGUAAGAAAUCCAAACAAAAUAUGAAGAUUUGUUCUCGAGAGUCGAAAGUAGUGAUGGAACUAAGACACGUUUUGAUACUCUCGAUUAUAAUCACAAAAAAUCCCUCGAAAUUCUGAUUCAUAAAAGAAAGAAAUGUUCAUCGAGUCGUUAUUUAAAACAGUAAUUUCUCCCACUGCUUCAACGUCAAGUUGAUUUCAUGUUUUUUCUUGUGUAAAUUACAAGCUAAAGAAAUUGUGCGAACUUAGGAGGGUGGCUUUCAAGAAUUAAACAUAGUACGUAAGAAAAACUAUUAUGCACAUGGGAACACACUGCAUAGUAGAAUAUUUAAUUUCACUAUGGUGCGAUAAAGCUAGUUGCAAUUUUCCAGCCUAAUCUCAAACUUGUACUCCACGCAAUGCUUCAGGAUCGAUACUUAUCUGCAUUUUACAUUAACAAGUACGUCACCAAAUUAGUCCCAUCGCUACGAAAAAAUCGUUGAUCGGAGAAUCAAAAUUGACAAUCAAAAUGGCGACUGUUUUGCCAAAACGCGACGAUAGAACAUCCAUCUUUAUUGCAAUCGACGCGUGCUCCGAUUUUAUCAUUGAUCAUCGAUCCCACAGGCUCUCGAGCGCAUUCCUCGCAUGCUAGCUAGUAUUUACGAUAAUAAUCGAAAUCGGUAUUACAUUACGCAGUAAACAAAAUAACCGUGACUGAAGCUAUAAAUCAAAAUACACAGAUCCUAGAGGCGAACCACGAUCGCCAGGACGUCCAACGACAAUGGCGUCCGCAAUGGCAGUGGUUCCAUGAAAUAAUUUUUUGUGUACUUUUAAGCGAUGUUGUGAAGCGACAGUAUUAACCCUGUAUUGCAUAAGCUAAUCAAAAGCUCGAUAAAAAUAGUCUGGAAACCUGUAAAAAUCGAUGGGGAAAAUGUUUAUAAUAUUUAAGACAUCUAAUGGCCAUACAGGUUCUGGCACUCGCUGUACAGGUUGUUGAGUAUUAAUUAAUUCAUGGACGUGUAAAUAACCAUGAAGCAAGAAAUAUUAAAUAAAUUUCAUGCAAUAGAGGGUUAAGGUAUGUUAUUAAAUUGAAAUGGAUUUUGAGCAUCGAUGGCGAGUCAGUGCGAACCCCGAGAUCAAAAUUUCGAGUCUUUCAAUCGAGCAUGGGAACGUGGAAAAUUCGACCACUGCUUUGGCUCGCGAAGAUUUCCAAAAUCGAGUUGUUCUCGAAGGGAAAUUAAAAGCGUCUUCUGCUGAAUCCAGUAAUAGGGCUGGACGCGUAUUUUCUUAGGAUAACUGGCGCGUUAACCCAGAUAUUACAAACAAGUAUUUUUGCUAAAUUCACUUGGAUUACGCAUAUAGUGUAAUUAUUUUGUAAAAAGAAUAAUACAUUUACCCUACACGCGCAAGGACUAAUAAAACACUGUGUGGUUGUGACAUCCAGUUUGCAGUAGCUCUAUUACAGAAAACUUUCUACUGUUCGUUUGAGAGGACUAUACUAAUAUCUGGGUUAAUUAAUUAUUCGCUGUCACUGUUGUACAUACCAUAAGUGUCAAAUCUGGGACAGAGAAGGGCAAAAUUUUUUUCUGAAUACAAAUAUCGAAUAACAGAUAAAAGAUAAACAACCGUUCGAUCGGCAAUUAAAAAUUUAAUUAGAUGUAGAAUAAAGUAUUUCAUAAUGAACGAGUUUUUAGAUAAAUUGAAAUGGAUAGAAGUUUAAUUGACGGAGUGAAGGUCAUGAAUAAAUUGCGUUGGUUUUAUUCAACUAUCUAUUAUUCGAAUAAGGGGUUGCCCAUCUCUGUUCUGCUAUCGAAAGGACUCAAAGCAUCCCUUCAUCGAGAAUAUAUUGUAGAUCUAAUGUUGUAAAGUCCAGUCCUAUAUGCGUUUCCUAAAGCAGUGUUUUGCGACCAUUGUAUUAAUCGUGAAAGUUUACGACGAAGCAACGGUGUACGAGGCUUGAAAAUUAUUUAAAAACUUAAACACUCAUACCAAGUAGAGCAUUACUGUCCUGGAACUGAGAUCUCGUAGAGUUUUUGAUCAAAAUUUAAAGCAAGUUUCAAAGUUGAUCGACUCUUCUGGGUCAUGCAAGGAAAAUGAAUUCUCGAAAGGACAUAAUGUAAAAUUUUCCUCGACGGUAAAGAUUGAAGAAGCUCGCUAGAUUCGUGUAAUUCGAGUCUCGGAGAUGGGUAAAUUUUUAUUUGAGUGAAGACAAUGUUUUUUGAGUUGCCGAAGAAUGCUAUUACCUGAUUUUUAAACAUUUCGAUAAAUUUUGAUUCGUUCAGUGUGAUGUACACAAUCACACAAUGACUCAAAACCAAAUUUUUACAGAAAGAGCAAUGAUGAUGGGAGUUGUUUGUUUUUAUCUUUUAUUUAGGUAAACAUGUUUCCCAUCUCUGGUGCUGUGGAAAAAUCAGGCAUAGAAAAAUGUGAAUCGAUAUUGAAUGAAAAUUCGUGGGAGGAAGAGACAUAUCAAAAGACAGAAUCUUUCUUGACGAGCAACCGCAUAGCAAUACCCUUCUGCUCAAUACGGAUAAUACAGGCGAGAGAAAACUAUAAUAAAGUUUUGGGGAGGUUUUAACCAACAAACUUUGAUAAUCCGACACGUAAAUAGAGACUUUAGGCGAAUUUUGAUGCUUCGAUGAAAUUUCCAGAGAUGAGAUUUCUAAAUAAGAAAAUUUGUGUCGAGAUAAAAAGUCGAAAUUUUUAAAUAUCAAACAAGAAACGAAAGAUAAACUUUUUCAUGUGCCAAGAGAAAGUCUUGUAGGGAUCAAAGUAAAGGCCGCAGUUUGCAAUUUUAAAAACGAGCAAGUUUAUUAACGUUUCGACUUUAAUUGAGUAUUAAACCGAUAUAGAGCAUUUAUUCGUCACCUAUUAUUAAAAAUGAAAUAAUAUUUUGCUCAUCUCUGUUUUUGUCCUUUCGCAAGCUCGAACAUGCUUCAUCAAGUACACUCGGGUUCACGAAAACUUCUUCGGGGAACACUAGCACAUUCAAAGGAGAAAGGAGUCAUGCAAGCAUUAAUUCAUGUAACCACUUCAACUCUCGAAUUAGAAUCAUUUUCACUCCUAUGAAUAUUAAAAUUAACAGUAAGUUUUAAAUUUACAAAAAUUAAUGAUACCUAUAACAAACCCAUAAUAAGAUACGUAAGGCGAUAUUUUUAUAUACAAAUUGAGAGUUCUUAUGAUAAAUUUUGGUUUGAAAAUGUUUGAGAGGACAAAACAAAAUGUAUACUACUUAAACCAGCGUGCAUUGUCAAAUUCUAAUCAAAAUAGCGACAUGGACAUAUACUUUGCAGACGAUAAAUAGUCUUCUGCGCAUCCACCUUGCGCAUAAAUGACAUUAAGUACCUCCUUUCUCUGCUAGUGACGCUCUUAACAAGUCAUCGUCAACCCAAGCGCUCAACGUUGAACAAAAUCUUACACGACGCGAAAAAAAAUGUCUAAACAGCGCGAUGCUUCCGUACAAUGGAUGCCAAUCACUAAUUCCAUUCGAACGAAAUGAUUGGAGAAAAUAUAUUCCACGGUUCUCAUAAGAUUUCGUAGCUACUCAAAGUACACUUCGAUCCUCGUCAUCCGCCAGUCGUUCCCGUUAAAUUUUUUCGAGAAAACCGUUCCGAUCGACGACGAUUUCGAGACAUUUCACAGAGAUCGAGCACGAUCGAUACCCCGUUCGGCGGGUCAUCGUCGAGAUUCGAUUCCGUUCGACCGCCUUUUCGUACCCUCGAAUAGCUCGGUGUCGCUCGCCAGCCAAAAAUAAUAAUCGAAAUCGAAGCGACCGUGGUUGAAACCCCGAACGUCGAAGUAGAUCAGGAUCGCCCGAAAGAAUGCGAAGAACCUUCUAAAUAUAUAUGUAUAAAUAAAUAUAGAUAUAAAUAUAUUAAAUAUACACGAUAAAUGUUUAUAUGUCCCGUUAACGAGAAAGUCGAAGACGAAGGAGGAGGGGAACGAUGGAUACGCGUCCGGUGCUCGGAGCUCGAGAGACUAAUGUUCCGUUUCCAGAUGAUGCACGAAAGGUGGCGGCGUUCGAAACGAAACGAAACGGACGAAAACAAUUUCCCCCGUCUGCUCCGUGCCGGUCGAAAACGAUACGACGAAAUCGAUCUAGUUAGAGCGAGGAUAACGUACACAACAGUACAAGAUAGACAAGAAACAAAAAAGAAACGCAAAAAAUGAGAUGUGUUUGUAAGAUAUCGACUAAGUCCUGAGAAGUUUCACUUUAAAAAUAAUAGUACGACAAAGACAAUGUAAAUGUAUGAGAGGUCUCUAUUUGUGCCCCCAGCCCUCAGAAUGUUCCAUCCUCCCCCUACGAAACCCUCGCCCCACCAGACACAGAAUCCUCGCCAUCCUUUUCCUCCCCUCUGUACGACGAGUGUAAAGAAAAAAAAAAAAUAUCAUGUAAAAUUAACACACACACACACACAAACACACACCGAUUAAUAUAAAUAUAUAAAUAUAUUAUAUAAAUAUAUGUGUGUA